CCAGAAGGACUCCUCCUUUUAGUCGGUCCACUGUUCAAAAAAAAAAAAAAAAGAGAGUGAAAGGAGGACCGAUCUUCCACAGAGGACCGCAUUUAUCAGCCGGUCAUACAGGAGGACCGAUUUCUUGCUCAGAGGCCGCUAUCUCCCGUUGGUCCGCCUUUUUCAUCAAGAAAAAGUUUCCAACUGUUACCAUGGGCAAAAAUCGGUCUAAGAGGAACAAAAUUGCUGCUAAGGCGCGAACCAACUUGGAAGGGAAAGAGAAGCUUUCAUCUGAGGAUCUCAGACACCAAAUAACUCUCUCCCAAUCCAGGCGUGAAACACAAGACAAAUCUUGUGAACGCAGUUUCCACUCUAAAGCCCCUAAGAGUUCUCAUCCAAAGGAUUCCCAUGCAGCAACAGAAAAAUUCGACACCAACUCCCCCAUAGUCCGAAAGUUAAUCGGAUGGCUCAACAAGGAAGGAGAGGCCCGGUCCCAAGGGACCGGGAGAGAAACCGGUCAAGGAGAGGAUGAGGAGGUGGAAAGUCAAGGGCGCAUAUCAGUACAUAAGAGGAUGCGCAAAAAUGCGUCCCAAAGGUUGGGACCCAGAACUGAGGAAUCUGGAGAAAAUUCUGGGGGGCACGGCAAUGAAGAUGCCGGAGACAUCCUCAAAUUGAGAAAAGAAAUGGAGGAACUAAAGAGGCAGGUUGACAAGGACGGGUCUUUCGGACCCACAGUAGAGAUAAUUUCUCCCUUUACUGCCAGAGUGAUGAAAGCUCAACUGCCCAGGGGUAUGAAAGCCCCUGAAAUCNGUUAUAAGGGAGUCACCGAUCCCAAUGAUCACUUGGCUGCGUACCAAACUCACAUGUUGAUGCACGCCGUGGAGGACGAGAUCCAAUGUCGCCUCUUCGUAGGAACCUUGGAAGGGCCGGCCGUAAAAUGGUUCCUCACUCUUCCUAAUGGGACCAUUGAUUGCUUCAAAGAUCUUGCUCAACUUUUCCUCAACGCCUAUGGAGGAAGGUUCCAGCCAAAAAAGCACUUCACCCAUCUUUUCUCCCUAAAGCAAAAGGAGGGAGAGACCAACAGUGAAUUGGUACAAAGAUGGAAUGAAGCAAUCAAUGAGGUGGAGCCUAUGGACGAUAAGACUUCCAUUGCUCUGUUCAUGAAUGUUCUCAGGUCGGGGGAAUUAUUCAGGAAGUUAGAUUAUGAUACCCCUACUUCUUACAAGGCUAUGAUGGCUAGGGUUAACAAGUUCUGCGCCACGGAAGAGUCGGAUCGCCUGAAAGGAAAGAGCGAGGGAGCCUGGCAAAAAGGCCCGGACAAAGAAAAGAAAGGAGAAAAGACCAAGGCGGCCACUCUCUCCAUCCCUACCCUCAAGUCACUGGCCGCACCAGUGGCAGAAAUAAAGAGCAAGGAGGAAGAAGGCCUGGACACUGAAGAAUGCCAUUUCCUCAAAAAGAUGGAAGGAGAGAUGAAGGACAAGGAACCGAAUGCCAAUCAGGAGCCGAACCAAGGAGAAACAGGAGUCACAAGCAAGGAGAGGAAGGAAUGGGCUCGCAAGCUGUAUGUGGGGUCCAUUGACAUAGGCCAAGCGGCCAAGAAAGGAAGGAGGGAGCCCAUUGUCUUCUCGGACGAAGACUUACCACUCAUUCUUAGUCCUCAUCGGACCCCCUGUGUCAAUGUGCUGUACUGGGAAGCCGCCCAGCAAUUGGGAAUCAGGAAGGGAGAUCUCACAAAGCUUAACAUGCCCUUGUCCGGCUUCACUGGAGAUAUAAUUGAACCGGAAGGGUCCAUUAAAUUGGACAUCAUCAUAGGCGAGCAUCCUAAGGUGAGGCAUAUGAGGAUGGAUUUUGUAGUGGUCGACAUCAAAUGCGCUCACAAUGCCAUCUUAGGGAGGCCUGGGCUAGAGGACUUGGGAGGUGCACUAUCCCUUGAGCACCUGUGCCUCAAGUUUAGGACUCCCGAAGGUGUUGGGAGGGUCCUUGGUGAUCAGCCCGCGGCCAAGAAGGCCUAUCUAAGCGCCUAUGGAUCCUGCACUAAGGACGGAUCAGGAGGAGGAGCGGUCCUCACCUCCCCUGAAGGCUUCAAGGCUUAUCAUUCCUUUAGGUUCACAUUUCGGGCCACCAACAACGAAGCAGAAUAUGAGGCCCUCAUUGGAGGAAUCCAGAUUGCCCUAUUCAUGAAGAUAAAGCACAUCCGCCUUAAAUCCGAUUCAAAAUUAGCCAUCGGGCAGCUAAAAGGAGAGAUGGAGGCCAAGGAGGGGAGGUUGAAAAGAUACAGGGACUGCGCCAGGACUCUACUUGGACAAUUUGAGUCCUAUGAACUCGUAUAUGUUCCAAGGGAGGAGAAUGAAGAAGCGGAUAUGCUUGCCAAAUUAUGCAGGACCAUUCCCGUCCACAUGGAGGGUAUGGUAAGGCAGCACGAGAGGAUCUGUCCUGUUUGGGAAGAGGCGGUCCCUGUCCUUGAGAUAUCCGGUCCAGGAGAGACUCCCUUUGCCUUGGCUUAUGGUUUUGAGGCAAAGGUACCUACCGAGGUCUUGGUCCCUACCACGAGGGUGGAAGCAUACACUCCAAGCCUCAAUGAGCAAUUGAUGGAAGUAGACUCCCAUUUCACCCAAGAAAGGAGGGACGACGCGGCAAUGAAGGCGGAAGAGUACCAGCGGCAAUCCAAGAGGUACCACGACAAAAAAGCUGUAGUUCGGACGUUUGAAGUCGGAGAUUGGGUCCUACGUAAAAGGGAGAAAAGUCAGCCCACUAAAGGAGGAAAAUUAGCCCAGAAUUGGGAAGGACCGUAUCGUGUGGAGAAAGUGGUGCGUACAGGCACCUAUCAGUUGGCUACAUCGGAAGGGAAGGCAUUGGACAAUUAUUGGAAUGUGGAGCAUCUCAAAAGAUUCUACCAGUAAAAGCUACAUGUUCAAGGUUCCGUCCUCCCAUAAUUUUUCAAGCCUCGCUUUUAAAGUUUUCUUUUUUCCUUUUGUUCAAAGAGAAUGGAUUGUAUUGUGCUUAAUAUGAAGAAGAAAUUUUCCAUUCAUCAUCAAUUGUUUCGGUCCAUGAGAUGUAAAAAAAAAAAUAUGAGGACCGUUCCUAAACAAACUAGGACCGAUCCU